AACAGAGACACAACGAACCUACGCACGCUUAGUAGAUUUUGAAACCGGCAGCAUUUUUUAAUGAAAACAAGUGAGAUAUUGUGUAUUUGCGUGUGUUAUGAACUUGAUUCAUUUAGAAAAUGACAUGGCAUGUGUAAUAAUCGUGACUUUAUGUGAUAACAUUUUUGUUAAAACCUAAGUUGUGUGUGUAUUGUGGAUUUAAAAUUGUGAGGAAUACAUGACAGUAAUAAUUAAUAACCAAUUAGUUAUAGCGCCUUUUCUAAGACACUGUACUGCUAUAAUAUGAUCGAAAGAAUCUUUAAGUAAUAAAACACCUUGUGCGGGAAUAAAGAAACUGGUUAACCGAAAGAGAGGACGGUGGUAUGGGGGAAAGGGGUGGGACGGAAGGCGCUUGGGGUGCGCGCGACGAUGCCUCGUGGUGGUCAGGAAACUCAGGUGAACUGCACCAGCAACAACAGAUAAAUGAAGAAAUUGCCAGAAGCACAGCAGCUAAUACUCACCAGCUCUACACGUAUAAAAUAACCGGCGGGUUCUCAAAUAGCGGUGGUGAUAACGCAACACCUAAUUUCGAUUACCGUUUGAUAAAUAGUUCUGGAAACCGAGAGGAAACAACCCAGCAGCCUUGGUGGUAUGCGACAAGUACAGCUGCUGACAAUCUUCAUGCAUCAUCGCCUACGUCUCAGAAUCAAGCAAGUACAGAUUCAGAACAAUCAAAUCAACAAGCAAACGGAAUUCAACAGAAUAAUCAAAACAUACAACAAAAUAAUCAAACAACACAACAACAAGAACAGAAAGAACAAAAUCAGAUUCAGCAACAGAAUCAGCUACAACAACAAAUACAACAACAACAGAGCAUACAGCAAAACUUGCAGCAACAUCUCCAACAGCAGGCUCAAAAUCUGCAACAACAGAAUCAACAUCAAACAUUGCAACAGAUGCUACAGCAGCAACAACAAUUACAGCAUCAAAUUCAACAACAAAGCCAGCAAAGACAACAGGAACAGCAUCAUCAGUCACAACAACAGCAGCAACAGAGUCAACAAUCAAAUAAUCAGCAAACUUUAAUACAAGUUACUCAACAACAGGCUGAAGCACUUGUAGCACAAGCUGCUCUUCAACACCAAGUAGUCCAGACUUUGCAGCAACAACAGCAAAACUUACAAGGGCAUUUACAAGCAGUGCAGCAAAUUCAAAUUCAGGCUGCCUUACAGAGGCAGUCAGCUACAUUGCAGGAUCUACAACAACAAGCUCAACAACAGCAGGCAAUUACGCAAACCGUAACAAAGACCAGAAUGCCAAGGGCCAAACCAUACAAUAAGCCAAGGGGACGAAUGACGGCAUAUGCUUUCUUUGUGCAAACAUGUAGGGAGGAACAUAAGAAGAAACAUCCAGAUGAGAAUGUUGUUUUUGCUGCUUUCUCCAAGAAGUGUGCUGAAAGAUGGAAUACUAUGUCAGUAAAAGAAAAGGCAAGAUUUCAUGAGAUGGCUGUACAGGAUAAGCAGCGAUAUGACAUAGAGAUGCAGAACUAUGUGCCACCCAAGGAUGUGAAGGUGCGGGGACGCAAGAAGUUGCAGACCAAGGAUCCAAAUGCACCAAAACGAUCGCUAUCGGCAUUCUUCUGGUUCUGCAAUGAUGAGCGUUCCAAAGUGAAGGCUAACAACCCAGAGUAUACGAUGGGUGACAUUGCCAAGGAACUGGGCAGGCGCUGGGCUGCCGCCGACCCCGAAAUAAAGAACAAGUACGAGGCGAUCAGUGAACAGGACCGGGCGAGGUACGACAGGGAAAUGACAGCGUACAAGAACGGCGGUUCGAUCGCGUUACGGCAAGAGGUAGAGUUACAUCAAGAGGAGGAGAGAGGCGUCACCGAGUUUGACAACGAUGGUUACAAGACCAUCGUGACGCAGUGAAAGUAUUUAACUAUCCACCUUAGUGAAGAUCUGUGAGAGGAUUCAAGAAAUCUGGAGUACAUAGAGUCUAAGGGAGGUCGAGUCAAUCAAUGGCUGGCUUAUUUGACAGUUUACAAAUAAAAUCCAUUAUUUCUAUUAUUUUUUGUUACUUUUAUACAACAAUAUUUUGUAGCGUCGUUCCCUUUGUUUCGUUAUAUUAAGGUGAAUUAUGAAGGGUGUAGGCCGUGAAAAGAAAACAACAAAUUAUCAUGUCGAUAUGUACAUAUUGAGAAUGAAGGCGCCAAUGGCACUACUCCUGUUGGUUUAGUAAUACUUUUUGUUUUCAUCCAUUGCAUCAUCUUCGUGAAUUCGUAAAAAGAAAAAGUUCGUUAUAAUUUAAAUAAUAAUACAUACUUUUCCGCUUAAUGUGACAUUCUAACGUUUAACAUAUUUCAAAUUAAAAAUUUCUAUAUGUAUGUUGGAUAUUAUAAUACUUUAGCGGCCUUAAAAAUAAUCUAAGUAUAAAGUUAAAAGUACCUAAGAAUAAAAUGAGAAUAUGCAAAAUGUUUACAAAUAGACAUUUUGCAUAUUCUUGGUUUAUUCUCAGCUAUAAAUUUAUACCAAGUUAAUUUGUAAGGCCGUAGCAGUUCUGCCGUUGAUCGCUCAUUUUAACAUGCAACAUUAGGUUAUUUACCUUUGAAAAUGUAACGUUUGUUCGUUGACGAGCAAUAUAAUAAAUAUUGGUGCUCAUUCAAGAGCUUUAUUAUUUGACUCUUAAUUUAUACAUUAAAAAAAAAUGUUAUAUUUUAUACAUAGAUUGCAAUUUUUUACUCUAACUAUAAUGUGUGGCUGCGUCCUUGUUUCUCCCCAUAGGCAGAGUUAGCUACAAAUGAAAUGAAUAUUUAGCCCAAUCACAAUACUACAACCAGACAAUGGAAAUAGCAUACAACUACUUCAUAACGCCAUAAUAUAUAUAACAUCAAUACCCAUUAACGCCACCAUCCAUCGAUGUUCAGUAUUUUCUAAAAAUCGGAGAAAAAUUGUUAGAGUGAAUUUUUACGAGGCGCGCGUACACCGUCACGCAUAUUCGACACCCUGACGUUAGCUGUCAACUAGAUCGUUUAUAUCAUACUUCAGACUAAAUGAACUAAAUUAUGCGUGUCAUAAUAUUGUCAUUCAUUGUAUUUAAUACCUUCCUUUUAUGUUUUCUUUAUACAAAAGUAAAACAGCACGAGGAAUAUUUUUUUUUAUAAAAAUCACUGAACGACACAAAUAACCAUCCAUUCGGAAAAAUAUUCCUCAGAUCCUCGGAUCUGAGGAAUAUUGAAUAUAUUAAACUGAACUGCCAACUACAUUCGACACUAAAAUUCGAAGGUUUUUCCAUUUUUAAAAAGCAAUCAUCCAAGAUGCCCGGACACUCCUUCAUGCUCCUCAACUUUGAACUUGUUUCAAAUAUCAACAUAGUUCGAUUUUUUUUAUUAUUGUUCUAGAUUGGGCUUAGGUCACCAGUGUAUAAGUGCUAAUAUGACCAGUGUGGCCGCGGCGUUAUAACAUUACAAUGAAUAUAAACAAAAAAUCUACCUUACAUAAAUCAUCAGAUUUCAACAAUAUACCAUCAAGUUGUUUGUUCGGAUUGAAAAAUUGUGUUGUGUGUUGUGUUCACUGAUCUCUACUAUAUAUCACUGGAUUGGCGGCUGUCAAAGUGCUUUUGUGUCCGUUUGAUAUUCGCCAAUUUGGCGCUGUUGGCCCAUAGCGAGAGUCUGCGGUACUAAAACUAUUGAUGACAACCUCAGCGAGCAUCGAUAGAUGUUGGGAAACUAUUUACAAAAAAAUAUAGUACAUAAAUACUUUAUAACGUUGAUUCUUGAAGUAUAAAAACACGGAAAACGAACGAAAUUAAUUCAAAAUGUAAAAAUACUUCAGAGUAUUGUACGUUCCUUCGCAGCCAUUUGUAUUAUACGUCAAAAUUAGGUCUCUGGAAGUUCGCGAGUGGCGCUUCAAAUAGGUACAAAAAAUUUGCUGUCAAAGAUAUGGAACAGCCUGUCCAGUGGUAUUUAUACAGGUCAGUGUUUGUGUUGCAUGAAUACCAACACAAAGUAGGGAACAAUUUUAUUCUCUAUCUAAUUCUGGCACUCAAGCAGUUUAAUAUGUUUCAGUCUUUAGUUUUAUGUUACUUUAAAUGUACGGAUUAGAUUUUAAAGAUUUCAUUUGUAAUAUAUUUACGUUAUUGAAUUAUGUAAAGUAAUGUAACUAUUAGGUGAAAUUUCUAAUAAAAAUGUUCAAUUCAUAGUUUGAUACGAAAAAAAAAGUAUAAUUUAAGAGAAAUUAAAAAGUGACUUAAAUUGAACGAUAGCAAUAUUAAGAUUGUAGAACCUCGAAACUCUUAACACUUAAGGAAUGCAUGUUAUUUUAUGAAUGAAUUUGUAUAUACCUAAAUUAUAUUUUUAAGCUUAUACUAUUGUUUUUAUUGUUAAAAGCAGUUAAUGUUUAUUCGUUUAAGAUUUGGACCAUUGCUGGCAACUCUACCCAGGUUUAAUAUUACCGGCGACUGAAGGACUUGUAUCCAUAGUCAUAUAAUAAAAAAAAAUAUCAGUUUAAUUUAAAGUCUAUCAGCGUAUUGUACCGAGAUAAUGGGUUAGUGGGACAACUUUAUAAAGCUGAAAUACCUAUAUAAUGGUUCAUUUUGCGCAGUUAAAAUUCACUUCGUGCCAUUACUAAUAAAAUUUGCGAGAAAAACUUUUCAAAUGAAAUUUCCACUUCCCGUACACCAUCAAAUAACUUUUUGUAAGCGAAUUUAUCGGGAAAAUUACCCAACAAAUAACAUUGAUUAAAUCUGCUCAAAUAAAUCUAUCAAUAUCAAUGCUUUUUGUAAGUGUUUUGAUGUCUAUUUUGAUGCUAAGAAUUGAUACAACGAUACGAUUGCUGCAAAGUAUGUCUCAUUUGACCUUUAAACCUAUAUUGUCAAACGAAACGUCAGCCUUUUUAAUGAAUAGAAAAUAUGUGUUGAUGUUUUUUAUAACUCUGUGGAGUAACUUUAUUUGAACUGAAUUAUUUUUAGUAUUGUAGACUAUUGGUUGUCACUGUUGGGUCUGUUUCGAAAGAAUGUAUUGAAUGAAUGGGAAUUGUGAUGCGUGCAAUGAAGGCAAUAUUGUUUUGUACAAAUGACUAAUAAACAAUUUUUCAGAAAA